AUGCUGUGGAAAGGUCAUGUUCUUAUCCUUCUAUUCCUCCUUGCCCAUCAUGUGGUCUCAGGGGAGUACAAUGUCAUCAGUCGGGAGGAAGUGGAUGUAGUUGCUGCCCAAGCCACCAACAUUUCCAGUGACAGUGGUAACAAUACUUUGGGAGACCAAAGUGAGGGCCUUUUUGAUUCCCGGCCACAUGGUGCUGGCCAGCGAUGUGGACGUUUGAGAACUUGUGGAGAAGGGCUUACUUGCUCCAACGACUUUUCUGUCCUUAGAAAGAGGUGCUUCCCUGACAGGGCAUGUCUAGAGCAGGUUGUGAGCAGCUUUCGAUUGGAUCUUGAGGUCUGGAAAGAAUCCAUUUUCACUCGUGCCAAUAUUGAUGAGAGUGACCUUGUUGAUGCAGCCCUUGAUGCUCAGAACCCUGAAGAGUUCCAGCAGAGUGCAACAUGUCUCCGUUUCCUGGAUGCAUUCAAUGCCCAACCACCACCCCAACUUGCUUCAUUGCAAGAAGCUGCCAAUGACUGUAUCCCCAAAGCACCCAGCACUGGUGGAACAGUUGUCUACAUGGGACUUCACAUUGAAGUGAGUGCACUUGUAGACCUUGCCAUGUCUGUUUUCUGGGCCCUUGGAGAUGCUCCUACACCAACAGACUUUAUCCGGGGAACCUUUGGAGCUGAAGCGGGUGCAGGAGCUGAAUUCACAAUGUUGAUUGGAUUUGCCUUCACUGGAACCACACAGGAUAUUUUGGGAGGAUCAGUUGUGGUUGACAUUGAUGCUGCAGUGGGAGCUGGGAUUGGAAGUGCUUUGGUGUCAAAUCUCAAUGGACUCUAUUCCCUGGAGUUUACCAUAGGUGUAGGCCUUGGUGGUGGCUUUGGUAUUGGAUAUGGCAUCACUGCCCAACUGAAUGAAUCCAAUGAGCCAACAAUCUCCCCGAUAAGUUUAAGCUUGACACCAAGUGUGGCUCCCAGCCAGGCUCCUACCAAGCCUUGUUCAUCAACUACAACUUCAGAUGUGUGCACACUUACACAAGAUGGGGAACGACUUGUUCUCUGUUUUGAUUCUCUGUUGCCUGCCACCAGUGAUGUGACUGUUCAAACUUUUGCCCGGGGUGAUCUGGCUUUAGGGUCAGAGUUCUAUGAUGUAAUUGACCAAAAUGGAAACAUCUUGGGACAAAACAAUGGUUCUGGUGGGAGUGACUGCGAUUCAAUCUAUGGUCAGGCUGACUUUGUUGUGGCACAGGCUACCUUCAACACUUGGAUAGCAACUGGCUUUGUCAGUUUCAUAAUGGAUGCCUCUGGAGCUGUGGGCACCUUCUGUGCCCAGCAGGAUGUGUACAUCAAUCUGGUCUAUUCAUAUCCAGCACCCAGUACAGCACCCAGUCUAAGCCUUGUACCAAGUCUAAGCGUGGCACCAAGUAUGACUACCAGCCAGGCUCCUACCAAGGCUUGUUCAUCAAGUACAACUUCAAAUGUGUCCCCAAUUACAACAGAUGGGGAAGCAUUGGAUAUUUGUUUUGAUUCUCUGGAACAAGCCACCAGUGAUGUGACUGUUCAAACUUUUGUCCGGGGUGAUUUGGGUGACACCUCUGAGUUGUAUGAUGUACUUGACCAAGAUGGAAACAACUUGGGUCAAAACAAUGGUGUCGGGGAGUGCUCUAUUACCUAUGACCAGACUGACUUUGUUGUGGCACAGGCUACCUUCAACACUUGGGUAGCAACUGGGCUUGUCAGUUUCAUAAUGGAUGCCUCUGGAGAUGUGGGCACUUUCUGUGCCCAGCAGGAUGUGUACAUCAAUCUGGUCUAUUCAUAUCCAGCACCCAGUACAGCACCCAGCCAAAGCUUGGCACCAAGUAUGACUCCCAGCCAGGCUCCUACCAAGCCUUGUUCAUCAAGUACAACUUCAAAUGUGUGCACACUUACACAAGAUGGGGAACAAUUGGAUAUUUGUUUUGAAUCUCUGUCACCUGCCGUGGGUGAUGUGACUGUUCAAACAUUUAUCCGGGGAGAUUUGGAUUCUAGUUCUGAGUUCUAUGAUGUAAUUGACCAAGAUGGCAACAUCUUAGGUCAAAACAAUGGUGGACCUGAUCAGUGCUCUGCUACCUAUGAACAGGCUGAUUUUGUUGUGGCACAGGCCCAAUUCAACACUUGGGUUGCAACUGGUGAGGUCAGUUUCAUAAUGGAUGCCUCUGCAGAUGUGAGCACCACCCUGACUCCCUGCAUUGGUCAGAAUGAUGUGUACAUCAAUCUGGUCUAUUCCAAUUCAGCACCCAGUACAACACCAAGUUUCAUACCCAGCAGCUCUGCCCUGCCCAGCUCUGUUCCAUCUGCCCAGCCAAGCUCUCCACCAUCUCUCAGUUUGCAACCUAGUGAAGCUCCAAGUCUCGCACCUAGUAGCUUGCCUUCUGCCCUGCCCAGCUCUCUUCCAUCUGCCCCGCCAAGCUCUCCUCCAUCUCUAAGUUUGCAACCUAGUGAAGCUCCAAGUCUCACACCCAGCAGGGAGCCUUCUGCCCUGCCAAGCUUAUCCCCAAGCAGAAGCCCAAGUGCAUUGCCAUCAGUUAGCUUGGUGCCAAGUGAAGUUCCAAGUCUCACACCCAGUAGGGAGCCUUCUGCCCUACCCAGCUUAUCCCCAAGCAGAAGUCCAAGUUUAUUGCCAUCAGUUAGCUUGGCGCCCAGUAAUUUUCCAAGCAUAGUUCCAUCACUUAGUGCUCAGCCCAGUGCCCUACCAAGUCUCACACCCAGCAGGGAGCCUUCUGUGAUGCCAAGUGUCAAUCCUUCACUCAGUGUCAAUCCAUCUCUCAGUACACAACCCAGCAUGAACCCCUCAGUCAGCAUUAAACCAAGUGGUGCACCAUCUGUUUCACCAAGCAGCAGACCUUCAGUCAGUAUUAAGCCCAGUAGAAAUCCAAGUGAGUCUCCAAGUACCUCUCCGAGCAUGAACCCUUCGCCCCCUGUAUAA